GGCGGGUCGCAGGGUCCAAGCAGGCAAGGCGCAUGCGCACGACGCGGGCUCUCCGCUGCAAGCCUGAGCCCCUCAGAUUCCCCUCGACAUGGCGCUGAGCCGGCGGCUGCGACUUCGGCUGUGCGCGCGGCUGCCGGACUUCUUCCUGUUGCUCCUCUUCAGGGGCUGCUUGAUAGAGGCAGUGAAUCUCAAAUCUAGCAACCGAAACCCAGUGGUACAUGAAUUUGAAAGUGUGGAACUGUCUUGCAUCAUUACGGACUCACAGACAAAUGACCCUAGGAUUGAAUGGAAGAAAAUCCAAAAUGGCCAAACCACAUAUGUGUAUUUUGACAACAAGAUUCAAGGGGACCUGGCAGGCCGCACAGAUGUGUUUGGAAAAACUUCCCUAAGAAUCUGGAAUGUGACACGGUCAGACUCCGCCAUCUACCGCUGUGAGGUUGUUGCUCUAAGUGACCGCAAAGAAGUGGAUGAGAUUACCAUUGAGUUAAUCGUGCAAGUGAAGCCAGUAACCCCUGUCUGCAGAGUUCCAAAGGCUGUGCCUGUAGGCAAGAUGGCGACACUGCAGUGCCAGGAGAGCGAGGGCUAUCCCCGGCCUCACUACAGCUGGUACCGCAACGAUGUGCCACUGCCUACAGAUUCCAGGGCCAAUCCCAGAUUUCACAAUUCCUCUUUCACCGUGAACUCAGAGACAGGCACUCUGGUUUUCAGUGCUGCCCACAAGGACGACUCUGGGCAGUACUACUGCAUUGCUUCCAACGACGCAGGUGCAGCCAGGUGUGAGGGGCAGGACAUGGAAGUCUAUGAUCUGAACAUUGCUGGGAUUAUUGGGGGAGUCCUGGUUGUCCUUAUUGUUCUGGCUCUGAUGACCAUGGGCAUCUGUUGUGCGUACAGACGCGGCUGCUUCAUCAACAGUAAAGAAGACGGAGAAAGUUAUAAGAGCCCAGGGAAGCACGAGGGAGUUAACUACAUUCGGACAAACGAGGAGGGUGACUUCAGACACAAAUCGUCCUUUGUUAUCUGAGGCCUGGCGGCUGGGAGAGCACAUGCGUAUAAAUACCUCUAUUGGAAGCUGGUCAGGGCCACUGUGAGCCCAGGGCACCCUUACAAAGCUAGACACACAGCUUUUUGUUUUGGCCAAAGUUGAUGACUCCUUCCUUACUCUUUAACAAGCCACAUGAAUAAAAGAAAUCCUCCUGAAGACGGAUGUAGUAACCUAGACUGUUGCUAGC